AUGUCGUUAGACAACUAUCACCUAUCAUUUCUCAAGAGUCUCUACAGCACCGAGAACGGUGUUGGCCUCAACAGUAACAUCAACGGAUUCGGGCUGAACUCGUCUUCGCCAGAAUCAUCGCCAACUACAGCUUCUUCAACUCUCGAGUCGCUUCUGGAGCCGUUCGGCUUACACAACAGUCAAGCUGACUUCGCAAACGCGCUGGCUCACCUGACCGGACAGUCUGUCAAACAGAUGGAUAGGCAACAAUCAGCAACUACUCAGAGGCCUACAUCGUUUGCCGCCGCCAGUUCUCUCUUCGGAAAUUCUGAAUACGGGAAUCCACUUGGAGCUCCUGGAACACCAAUCGGCUCCCAACAUCAAAUGUCGAUCGGACACAAUCUGAUUGGCAACUCGUCGCCAUUCUCAACACCACAGCACACACCGUUGGCCACUCCGAAUGGAGCAGUUCCACCGCCAAAAAAUCCAAAACUCUACAAAACCGAGUUGUGUCGCUCGUGGAUGGACCAUGGACGAUGCAACUAUGGAGAACGAUGCCAGUAUGCCCAUGGUGAAGUAGAGAAAAGACCAGUUCCCCGUCAUCCAAAGUACAAGACAGAGGCAUGCCAAUCGUUUCAUCAGAGUGGAUAUUGCCCAUAUGGACCAAGAUGUCAUUUCAUUCAUAAUGAACCACCAAGCCAGUACACGACCCCGAUUUCCACUCCAGUAUCUCAACCGAAUACACCAUCCCUCUAUGCUUCACAGUAUCACAAUGUGAACAUGAAGCAAAGUCAACAUCAGACACAGAGCACUGGAGGUGUACCCAACAACGUUCUCCAACGAGUUUAUUCGUUGCCAAACGGAGGGUACGGGAGUGCUGGGGAAUCGCCCCCGUGUAGUUCGAACGAUUCCGGCAGUGAAUCGCCGAACGGUAGCUUCUCGCCUGGUCUGGAUCUUGACGAUAAUGGUCCAUUCUCUGCUGGAUUCCUAUCCGCAUCACCACACAAGUCGCAGAAGACGGCUGCUGUGCCACGCGUUCAGACGAAUCGAUUCUUGUCGUACGAUCAGUCGAAUAUAAGUGACAAUCAAUUCAGUAGCCUGCUGAAUAAUCUUUGUCAGUGGAACAUCGAAGACUCCUUAACAGACACCUUUCCAGGACUCUUGACAUCGAAAUGGUCUACGACUGCUGCUGACCAGUCUGCUCCAGCAACCACGCCGUCGGUGACUACUCCGAGUCGUUUGCCAGUUUUCGCACAACUCAGCAAUCCACAAUAA